CUUGGUCAUUUUAUACCAUGAAAAAAAAAAAAAAAAAAUGCAGAUAGAACGGCAGUAGAUUCGUCAGAGCCCUAGACCCCUGUUGGACCUCUCUCGCUGCCUGCCACUGCUCCUAGCCUUCCUCGCCUUGUUCGCCGGACAUUUCAGGCUUGCUCGUUGACGAUCUGGGCUUGAAGGAGGUUCUCUGUUGAAGCAGCCUAUUCUCUGUCAAAGGAUCAAAUCGAAGCUUUUUUCUGUGUUCUCUCUUGAAGGGUCGAAGUAUUUGGGUCUUUGCUCGUGCACUAUAAGGCCUACGUUGCAAGUGUCCAUACCAUCUGAGUCGUCCCUCCCUUAUCUUAUCUUCUAUAGAAGUUGGAACAACGGAGUAAUGGGACGAAAAGGUGGUGGACUUUAUAUUAACCCCAAGAAAUUUAGGUCACUCCACAAACCUUGCACGAAGGAAAUGAUUUCAUUUCUCAACUGCUUGGCUCUAAACCAGGGCAAUGGUGAAAAGUGUGUCAGGCACAAGGAACUUUUGGGAGCUUGCAUUGAUUCUCAGGCUGGCAAAAACAAAAAGCCCGGGGGAACCAUUAAUUACCACUUGCAGAGGCUGCUUAGGAGAAGCAGGUAGCUGGGUCUUUUCAAUGAAGUGCUUCUUGACUUGUAUUCGAGUGCAUGAUGCGAUUCACCUGCACAUGCUGUGCGGAAGCGGGAAGUGUUGUGGGUUGUGCAAUGAACUUAUGCUCCAUUUCACUAUUCAUUUUUCUCAUUUAUAUUUGAGGACCUGAUGUGAUCAGGCAUAAAUAAUUAUUCAAACAAAAUUAGUGUAGCUGUGAGCUAUUUUCAA